AUGAAAAAGAUUAAUGAUAAUAAGAGUUCUGGCGGAAGAGUUGAAUUAGAAGUGAAUGAUGUUAAUGAGAAAUUAGCCGAAAAAGCAGAUAAAAACCACGUUCAUUAUAUAACUUCAGACGAACAGAUUAUAACGGACUACCAUGGAUAUUUAACACGAAGUGAUGAAGCGAAGACAAAAAAUGUUAAUGAAAGAAGAUAUAAAUACAUUCGUGCUAAAGGUUAUGACAUAAGCUGUACUGUACAGUAUGACACAGGUAAAGCACCAGAAGCAUUUGGUUAUACCGGUGAAAUUUAUGCCUCUACUUUCAAUGUUAACGGUGUAUUAGUUGAACCAAGAUUUAUGUUAAGAGUUAAGUCAAAAAUAACGUUUGAAGAUGCUAUUAAAAGUAAAGCUGACAAAGUUGAACUCGAAGCAACGAACAAAGUUUUGAAAUCUCAUAAACACAACAUCUCCGAUAUAAAUGAACUUCAAGCUACAUUAGACAGUAAAGCUGACAAAAAUCAUACACAUAAAUCCUUCACUACUGUUAGAGCAGACGACAUAAUAUUGAACUUUGACCUUGGUUCAAGUGCACCUUUAGAGAAUCCAAGUACAAGCGUAAAAGAUACACUAAACUCCUUAAAUAACAAAUGUAUGAAUAUCGAAGGUCAUGUCAGAAACUUUGAAGCACAUGAACUACCAGCAAUGUUAGAUAAGAAAGCAGAUAAGAACCAUACACAUGAUUUCUUCACAACUGUUGGUAUAGAAAGUAUUGAAGGAACGGUUGAAGGAACUGGUGGGGAUGCAUUAUAUUGGAAACCUCCUAACUUUCCACAAGGUUUAACAUCGGAUGACGACAUAAUGACGAUGAGAAACAUUAGAUGUAAAGAUGUUUAUGUCAUGAAGGAUGAACAUAAUAUUAAAUUCACUGCUCAAGAUUUAUAUGACAAGAAAGCUGACAAGAACCAUACACAUAAAUCCUUCACUACUGUUAGAGCUGAUGACAUUAUCUUGAACUUUGAUUUGGGUUCAAGUGCACCAUUAGAAAAUCCAAGUACAAGCGUAAAAGAUACUCUUAACAAUUUAGAUAAGAGUUGCAGGAAUAUCGAAGAUCAUGCCAGAAACUUUGAAGCACAUGAACUACCAGCAAUGUUAGAUAAGAAAGCAGACAAAACUUAUGUGGAUGCAGAACUAUCAAAGAAAUUUUCGAAACCAGAUACAAUGACAUUUACAACAGAAAUUAUAAAUGGUGAACCAGCAACUCCAUUUGAAUUUGUUAGAGGUCUUCAACCAGAUACUUUUGAAUUUUUCUUGGAUAAUUCUAUUGAACUAACAUUACAUUAUAAAAGUGGAACAAAUGCAACAUUUCAUCCGGGAGAUACAUUCCAAAUGGUAUUUAAUGACAUAAGUUCUUUAGAAUAUGUUUAUAGAGCUAUGAGCAUAUAUGAUUUAAUAUAUCCUAUAGGAGCUGUUUAUACGUCUAUGAAUCCAAUAAAUCCAAACACUUUAUUUGGUGGUAGAUGGUAUGAAAUAGUUGACAGUUUUCCAUUCUACACUAAUACGCAGUCAAUGAAGAUGGGAGGUUCAAAGAAAAUAGGUAUUGAAAACCUUCCUUCACAUAUGCAUAGGUUCAGUGGAAGAACAUCUGUGGAAGGAAACCAUUCACAUUCAAUGA